AUGAAGCUGCUCUCUUCUCUCGCCCUGCUGGUCUCCGCCGUGGCCGCCAACCCGGUCACGCGGGCGAACAGCGCCUCCGACACCUUUCAUCUGAAGACUGCCGGAGCCUCCGAGACGAAGCACAACGAUCUCUACGUGUAUGGCUAUCACACUGGCGCCGGGUUCAACGACGCCGUCCUGACCUCGGACGCCGACACGGCCAACACGGUCUUCCUGAACAACACGCACGCCCAGUUUGCCCUGGACACUCCUUUCCCUUGGGGACUCAACAUGCCCCCGCAGAACAACUAUGCCGCAUGGGUACCGGUCGAGAUUAACACCGGAUACGGGACCGAGGGGUUCACCAUCAACGGCACCGGAUUGCAGUGGUCAAAUCAAAUCUUCGGAGGCUGGUUGGUUUGCGACUGGUACCACAACGCACCCCAGCUUUUCUACCUGUACCGCCCUUACGACGCCACUCUGCCCUCGUCCUGCAGCAAAGUCACCCUGGAAGUCGAGCACACUUCCUGA